AUGGCUGGAGAACCCAGAGAUUUGGGGAUGGGACAUGCCAAGAAUUUGAGCCUCCUGGCCGCUGGCGCAGCUGGCGCCUACCUUUGCAGCGAGGCUUUCGUGCCUGGAGCCGCUGCCAGCACCUCCCACCUUCGGGGCUUGUCCCGUGGCAGCAGCAGCAGCAGCGGCCUUGUGGCCAGUGGUGCUGCUGCCCUGUGCAUCGUGGCAGCCGGGGCGGCGCGAAGUCGCAAGACCACAGUGUGCAAAUCCUUCGAGAACGAAUCUGGUGUCACUCUGCCUUUGAAGUUCUUUGAUCCUCUGGGCAUGUCCAAGGAUGGUGAUCAAGACACCUUCCGCCGCCGACGCAUCGCUGAGAUCAAGAAUGGUCGCGUCGCCAUGUGGGCUUGCAUGGGUUAUAUUGUUCCAGAGUACUUCCGAUUUCCUGGCUACUGCUCUCCCUCAACAGACCUGAAGUUUGCGGACAUCCCCAACGGCAUCCAGGCGCUGUACAAAGUGCCUGCAGAGGGCUGGGCGCAGAUCGCUGUCUUCAUCGGCUUCUUGGAGCUCUUCCCUGGAAGGCAGGAGGCAGAUCGAAUCCCAGGUGACUUGGUUGGCUUCGGGAAGCUCGGUUUGCCGCUGCCCAAGAAGGCCGAACCUGAUGUCAAUAGCCGAUCCCUGGAUGCUGAGAUCAACAACGGACGAUUGGCGAUGGUGGCCAUCACUGGGAUGAUCUCCCAGAACGCCUUCUUCGGCACCACCGGGCCUGACAUGUGGCUGCCUUCCUCCGCCUUUGAAGGUGAGUUGGGUGUCCAGGCUCCCGUCGGAUUUUGGGAUCCUUUGGGCCUUUCAGCCGACGGCGAUGUUGACACCUUCAAGCGCCGCCGCGCCGCAGAGUUGAAGCACGGCCGCAUUUGCAUGUUGGCCUGCGUUGGCUACAUCGUGCCAGAGUACUUCCGCUGGCCCGGCUACCUGUCCCCUGAGAAGGGCAUCAAAUUUGCUGACAUGCCUCAUGGCAUUGCAGCAAUCUCCAAGGUGCCUCUGGAGGGUUGGGUUCAGAUCGUGCUCUUCUUGGGCCACUAUGAGGGCUACUUCUGGCGCCAGGACCCCAAGCGUGCCCCAGGUGACUAUGAAGGCUACGGCUUCCUGGGUGCGGGCAAGAACUUCAUCUUUAACUUUGACCCCAUUGAGUUCAAGGAUCCUGAGGUGAGGAAAACCAAGCUGUCGGCCGAGAUUGCCAACGGCCGCUUGGCCAUGGUUGCCUUGAUGGCAAUGCUCUUCCAAAACGGCACAGUGGGCACCACCGGCCCUGCAAUGUGGCUGCCUGCUGCCUAGGUUAGAGCUGCCAGCAGCUACGUUUCCAUCUCCACUUGAACUUGAACAUGCAGUGAGUCG